CUUGUUUCAGAAGAAAGGGAGAAAGAAACCCAAAACUAAUAAAAUUGAGGGAAUUACAAAGUAAAAGGGGAGGAGAGUUGGAUUUGGAGCAAGUAAAGAGUCAUAUUGACAAAACGGGGAAGAAAAGAAAAGGCAUCCAUCGGUAGCUACAAUUACAAUACUCACUUUUUGUCGGUAUCCAAUGUCACAUGAUGACAUGAAUUGAAAAGUGCAAUUGAGCAGAUGAGCAGAUAUCCAUGGAGAUUUCAGUGAGUUUCUUAUUAUACUCUUAAUUUUGGGUGGGGGUGGUGAUCUCCUUCCUUCUUCUACUCACAAGUCACAAGGAAAGGAAAGGCUGGGAAGCUGAAGCUGCUUGGAUCAUCUCCUUCCUUCCUUCAUAUGCUAUGCUAUGAUGAGGACGACGACAUCUUCUUCUUCUUCUUCCACUCUCACUGUCACUGUGGUGGACGUGCUUCUGCUACUUGCAUUGCUUGGCGCUGCUGCUCCGUCGUCUGUCAAAGGCAGCCCACAGUGCAGCAAUCAGGCCAACUCAGGGGAAAUUCGACCUCACAGUGUCGCCAUCACUGAAUUUGGAGCUGUAGGAGAUGGGGUCACUCUCAACACAAAAGCCUUUCAGAAUGCCGUCUUCUAUCUCAACUCUUUCACACGCAAGGGUGGGGCCAAGCUCUUUGUCCCUGCUGGCCGCUGGUUGACAGGAAGCUUCCGUCUCAUCAGUCAUCUAACCCUCUGGUUGGAUAAGGACGCUGUCAUUCUUGGAUCAACGAAAUCUGAUGAUUGGCCAAUUGUUGAACCAUUACCAUCAUACGGUCGAGGAAGGGAGUUGGCAGGAGGAAGACAUCGAAGUCUCAUCUAUGGAUGCAAUUUGACAGACAUUAUCAUAACAGGUGAUAAUGGUACCAUUGAUGGCCAAGGUAGCAUCUGGUGGGAUUGGUUCCAUAGCAAAACCCUGAAUUAUACGAGGCCCCAUUUGUUGGAGUUGAUAAACUCAACUGGGGUUGUCAUCUCAAACUUGACCUUCCUAAAUUCACCAUUUUGGACCAUUCACCCUGUAUAUUGCAGCCAUGUAACUAUCCAGAAUCUGACAAUCCUUGCUCCUCUCAAGUCUCCAAACACAGACGGGAUUGAUCCAGAUUCUUCAGAUAAUGUGUGCAUUGAAGACUGUUAUAUUAGCACUGGUGAUGAUCUGAUUUCCAUCAAAAGUGGGUGGGAUGAGUAUGGAAUUUCAUAUGGUCGACCCAGUAGAAACAUCAUCAUUCACAGGAUUACCGGUAAAACUGAAACAAGCGCUGGAAUUGCAAUUGGAAGUGAGAUGUCGGGAGGUGUGUCAGAAGUUCAUGUAGAAGACCUCCACUUUUUUGGUUCUAAAACAGGUAUCAGGAUAAAGACCUCCCCAGGAAGGGGUGGUUAUGUGAGAAAUAUAUAUGUGUCAAACAUGAACUUGGAUGGUGUAGGCAUAGCUUUAAGGUUCACCAGUCAGUAUGGGGAACACCCAGAUGAGUUUUACGACCCAAAUGCCCUCCCUAAUGUAGAGCGAAUUACUUUUAAAGAUAUCAUAGGAGAGAAUAUCAAAACUGCUGGUCUCCUAGAGGGUUUAGAAGGUGAAAAUUUUCUGAACAUUUGCCUAUCUAAUAUUACCCUUAACGUGACCUCAAAAUCUCCAUGGAAAUGCUCUUCUGUUCAAGGAUAUUCCGACCUAGUUUCUCCAGAAACUUGUGCGCCUCUCAAGGAGAAUCUCUCCCCACGGCAUUAUUCAGAUUGUUACUCUCUAUCUGAUGACAUAUGGAUUUCUUCCAGUAAUCAAAACAGAGGUGCUCGGUGGCUAUCUUGGUAGAUUUAAUGAAAGUCGCCUUCUGUGAAUGUUGCAAAUUUGAUCCUUUCCAUUUCCCAGUACAUCAUCCCACUGCACAGAUGGAGAGAAUAAUGCCCGACAUUAGAGGUUAAGUGCAGUUGCCUAUUUGUGGUUUGCGCCUUGGAAGAUGGUACUGAGAAAUUAUAUUUCUUGUAAAUAUGUGCAGAGUAACAAAUAAUAAUUGAGUGCACUAUUAUUUCUUC